CACGACGACGUGGUGCAUGAACGUUAACUUACACACAUUUCGGUAAUGUAAUGUACGUUAGGUAGACCAUGGAUCUGGAGACGUGUUGAGGUCAUAUGACAUCGAUUGCGAUUGCGUGUCACAGCCGCAGCGGCCGGGAUCGGUGCGUUUAUCUACUGUGUUGGGUAUAUACUGGUCUUGUUUCCCGACGUACCCUGAACCCUCCAAGGCAUAUAUCCCGACAUUUGUGACGGUUCAGACGGACAAUCGGACAAUCGGAUCAGAGGAGCUCAAGGUUCGUUUUCGUUCAUGCUAUGUCGUCGUUCCCAACUCCAAUCCCACCUCCCCGUCCACCACCGCGAAAGGUCGAUCCGAUCCACCGACGACGAACGGCGGAAGCCUGCGAUCGGUGUAAACGUCGCAAAACAAAGUGCGACGGCUCCCAACCCUGCGUACAAUGCCAAUCACAAAACGCCGAAUGCGUAUAUACCGGUUCCUCACGCUCUCGUCAAGGUCGUGGUGGUUCGACGUCUGAGUCGCCUGUGUCUACGCCUGGGACUUCGGCGGGUGCGUCGGCGAGUGCGUCGGCGACUAUGUCGUCUUCGGCGUCGGGGAGUGGUGCUGGGAGGCCGACGUCGAGUGGACGUCCGCACCCGUUUUAUGGGACGGCACCGCCUGAGGCGCAAGGACAAGGGCAAUCGGCGCCGGCGCCUCCGCAGAGGCCGUUGGUUGGACCGGGUGGGAUGAUGCCCAUUGGAGGGGAUAUUGAUCCUUUGGCGAGGUCGAGUUCGUUUUUCGGUGGUGGUGGUCAGCAAGGAGGACAGUCAGGAAGCGGUGGUGGUGGGGGAGGAGGAAUGAUACCGGGGUUGAGUCCGUGGGGGAGGAGUGUGUUGCCUCUCGAGUUGACCUUUCCGCAGAUGGGGCAACAGCAGCAACAGCAAGACACGCGGUUUGAGAGGUUCAUGAGGACGGAGAGAUCGGAGGAGGAGCAGAUGCCUGAUGUGCCGGAGGUACAGGGUGAUGAGACCCGACCGAGGGCGGCUAUGGCGAACGAACCGAAGGAGUUUUUUCCUGCGGCGACUCGAGAGCAUUCUCGGACUGAAGCCGAGGGUGAGGAAGAACAGGGAGGAGAAGGAGAAGGAACAGGCGUCCGCGAAACACAGCAAAAGGAGGGAGAGGUCGAGAAUCUGGUCAAUGUCACCUCCCGUCUCGUCCUCGACUCCAAAGGGAAAGCCCGGUUCCUCGGUGAAUCAUCACCCCUAGCAUUCCUCGGCUCCGUCCGUAAGGAUGUGGAGAGACGGUAUGGACCUUCUUCCUUCACCCGCGACACAGCACAAAACGUCAUCUCGGACGGUGUGAGCCUCCCUGGUCGUCCAAUCCCCUUCCAAGCUCAACUUCCUUCGCGGCAAGUCGCCGACGUCCUCGUCGAGGCGUUCUUCAAGCAUGUUCACAAUUUGCAGCCAGUAUUUAGUCGUGAUGGGUUCUGGAAGAAGUAUGAAGACAUGUGGAAGGAUCCGAACAGUAUGGGACGCGUGUGGUUUUGUCAUAUGAAUCUGAUAUUGGCGUUGGGAUGUUUGUUUAAGGAUCCCACGCCCGGAUUAGAUGCCGACGGGAUUAAAGAGGAGGGGAAGCAGACUGCGGAGCGGGCUGUGUUGUUCUACGAGACGGCUCGGACAUUGAUGGAUGAGGUCUACGAAAGUGGAGAGUUUCAUUGCGUACAGGCGAGUAUACUGGCUGCUCUUUAUCUUAUUACCGCGGGACAGAGGAAUGGAUGUUGGACUUUUGUCGGGAUCGCGAUUAGGGUUGCGCAAGGGUUUGGAUUACAUCGGAAGGCUGGGUCAGAGAGUUUACAGGAUGAUGGGAUUGAUGGUGCGAACCCGGAGAUGAGGAAGAGGGUUUGGUGGACGUUGUAUGCGUUGGAGACAUACAUCGCUUCCACACUCGGGAGACCCAUCGCGAUUCGGUAUGAGGAUUGUGAUGUGGAAUGGCCCGUCGUUCCGGAAAGUCCGAAUGGAGACGCGAUUGAGCCGGAGCCUUUACGUUCGUUGUUUAUCUUGCAUACGGCAAAGUUGGCGACGGUCGUUAGUGAGAUUAUGAGGAGAGUGUAUCCGGCGAGGCAUACGGAGAGUAUGAUGGAUGUUAUCAAGGAUAUUGCGGGGCAUAUACGCAAGUACUCGACUGAGUUACCGGAGGAGUUGAGGCCGGUUAAUCAUCGGUGUGGCGGUGUCAGGGAGGAGGAUAUGCCCAUGCGGAUGGUUUGUCAGCUCCAGCUCGAGAGGUUCUGGGCAAUCAUGUUACUUACGCGACCCGCGUUCUUCCGCUAUGUUGGUGAAGGAGGGAAGAGGGCUGAAUUGAAGGAGUACGCGCAUAGCUGCGUCUUCGUCGCUCGAAAGUACAUCGAGUUAGCGUGGGACCAACAUGCCCGCGACCUCAUCCACCGCCGCCAAUUCUACAUCGUCCAAGUCCUCUUCGCAGCUUCCGUCAUAACCCUCUUCGACCUUUCCGUCCGCAUCAUCCGCUGCCCUGAAGCCGAAGCGGAGAGCAUCCUCGCGAUCGUGGAUCGAGCGACGGGGUUAAUGAGGUAUUGUGGAGAGUGGGAUGUGAUUGCGUGGAAGGCUUUGGGGAUUGUGGAGAGGUUUCGGGAUGCCCUGGUUGCGAUUCGGGCGAGGAAGAGGGGGAGGCCGGGGAGUAGUGAGAGUUCUGGAUCGGGGAGUUCGGAGCAGAAGAGGAAGGGCACUGGACCGCCGGAGAAGACGCAGAAGGGCGGGACGGGACCAGGAGGCAGUGGAGGACCUGCGGAGACUGCGCAGUGGCAGCAGAGGUUUCCUGAGGCGGCUGCUGGCAGUGAUACCGGUGGAAAUGGCAACGCGGGCGAGCACCGACGAUGGAGAUCUCGUGAAGCUCCCCACAGUCCGAGAUCACACCGUCACUACACGUACACCCAUCGUCAAGAACCCAGCACCGGAUCCAACGCCUCAGCGUACACAACCACUUCCACCGCCUCCACUAGGUCUUCUGCAUCCGCGUCCACCACCGGUAGGGCCGCGGGUAAUGGUACUGCGUCGAUCGCACCGUGGGAUAAGAAGCAUGGGGUGAAUUUACAGUAUGCGAGCCAUGCGUGGAAUAGCCCAGAGCUCGAACCUUACCUUCACUUACCCACGACUAUCAAUAACGAUAACCCGGAAGUAGCCUUAAGCGUGGGGUCGUCGGGACCGGAAACGGGGACGGCUGUGUCUCCACAGACUUUGCCGGAGAUAUUGGCUGCUCUUAACCUUACGACGUGGUUUCCUGAGUUGCAUGGGAUGGAAUACGAUCGGAUCUAUGCCCGUUAUAAUGAUCGCGAUCCCAACCUCCAGAGGAUGCAAGGAGGUUGGGAGGGGGAUGUGGAUGUGGACAUGGAGAUGGACAUGGAGGAGAGCGAGGCAGAGGAGCGGGAAAGGGCUAGGGAGGUUGAGGUGUUUCAUCGGAUGAUGGAGGAGUUUGAAAGGGGGGAGGGGCCGAGGGGGCAAGGAGGGGAAGAAGGAGUUGGUAUGGGAGUGGGAAUUGGGUCUGAGUUUCAGGGGCCGUUGGGGUUGGCGCAGAGUUUGGGUUGGGCUUAGGCUUGGGUAAAGGGGAGUAUGGUGUUUGGCUUUGCUUGUGGUGGGGAUACCGGUGAUUGCUCCAGCUACAGGGCAUCAUCCUACAUUCAUUGCGAAGGGUACACGAACAAAACAUUUGAACUCGC